UGGAUCCCAGACGGAGACCGAGGCCUGGUAGUCGCCGGGAUGAUCUCCGGGGAGGACGACGGGCCCAAAAGCCCGGGGAGGGACCCACCGCCCCAGGUUACCACCAAAGAACAUGAUUUUGGUCUAGGGGCUCCAGUUUCUGAAGCUGAAAAAUAUCAGAAUAUUCUCCAGCUAGAGCAAGAAGUGAGAAAUCAAGACAAAUUCAUCUCUACACUGAAAUUACAGAUUGAAGAUCUCAAACAGACAAAUCAUGGCUUGGAAGAAUAUGUUAAGAAACUCUUGGAUAGUAAGGAGGUGGUAAGCAGUCAAGUAGAUGAUUUAACCAGCCACAAUGAGCACCUUUGUCAAGAAUUGAUUAAAAUUGACCAACUAGCAGAGCAACUAGAAAAAGAAAAAAAUUUUGUGGUGGAUACCGCUGACAAGGAACUUGAAGAAGCAAAGGUACUAGAUUGUCACUAA